GUUUUCAGUGUGAUGCCGGUUGCGUUGACGGUGGGGGUGAUUUGCACGGUCCUCGGAGGGCUGUACGAACCACGAUUAUACACGGCGGGCACGGUGUAUAUUCAAAGCGCGCGCUUGUUCCUUGGGACAGAACAACGAAAACUAAAAUGAGAACAAUGUGAGUGUUAUGAAGAACUAUUAGACUUCCAAAAUAUUCAUCGAUAACCAAUUCCAUAGAAAGUACCAAGGAACGAGAGGUACAAUGUGGUGAGUCGAACAUGGUGUAUGAAAGGUACCACUUGACGUUAUUAAAAGACGAUGCGAAGGUAGUGGUGCGAUUCGAAUGAUAUUCUGUCCUCAUCCCUUCCUCGUUAUCUCGCGUGCAUUUACAGCGAACUUAUGCAUCGUCGUUUCCUUUCUCUGAGCUCCGUUCGAGUUAGCACGCGGUUUCAUAGCUCUGUUCGCGUCAUACCAAAGAAACUUAAGAGUUCUGGCGUUCACCGCGAAAAGAAGAGAGGAAUUUAAUCCUUAACUGUUAUCCGUGGGUCCGUGGGUCAUGUAGGUGACCACAAUAAGUUACAUUUCUUAAUAUUAAGAUAUACAUAUAUUAUAUUUUUAUUCGAUAUUGUAUACUUUUAUGCAAGAAAAAUCAUUAAUUAUUUUCAUAAUCUUAGAUAUAAAAUAUUAAAUAAAAUAAGAUACUUUGAAAAUAAGUAAAACUCUACUACAACGAUACACAUAGUUGAGGGUUAAGAGGAACGAGGGAGAAGAAGAAAAACAAAGAAGAAAGAAAAAGCAGAAGAGAGAAGAGAUGGUAGGAAUGGAUGCUAGUGGCACGUAAGAUAUACACGUAGAAUGAUCAAGUGGUUGUAUUGCGUGGAAUAAGACCACGAACGACAUAAAGGUGUUCCCGUGGGACGUCUGGUGGGUUACGGUGACCGAGUCACUCUGUCAUCUGUUUCCAAGAAGAGAGAGGUCGGCGAUCUGUUGUGUGUGUUAGUGUACGAUCGCGCGGCAUGGGGCAUCGGUGUUGGUCCUUCACGAACGGUGGGACCUGAAUGUGUGCAUAUUUCUCCUGGCUGACUGGCCUGCCUUCCAUCGUUAAGCUGCAUUCACAAAGGGAGCCGAUUUUCGGGCAAGGACCGUGUCUCGGUCGUUCUUGCCGAGAACGCGAAUCGAAUUGGUUAAUGAGGACUAUCCGGCUUCGAUCGUCCAAUCAGCUAACAGCGAGACUGGACGAGCAUAAUCGAAUGAAGCUGGGCCAAGCAUGCCCUCUAAGAAGCAAUACAAUCUCGUGCAUAAUGACGAGUACGACACGAGGAUACCACUGCAUAGUGAGGAGGCGUUCCACCGUGGAAUUGUCUUCCACGCCAAGUUCAUCGGCUCUAUGGAGGUUCCUCGACCGACCAGCCGAGUGGAGAUCGUGGCGGCGAUGCGAAGAAUCCGCUACGAGUUCAAGGCCAAAGGGAUCAAAAAGAAGAAAGUGACGCUGGAGGUAUCGGUGGACGGACUAAAAGUCACUCUUCGAAAGAAGAAGAAGAAGCAGCAACAGUGGAUGGACGAGAAUAAAAUAUACCUGAUGCACCAUCCCAUAUAUAGGAUAUUCUACGUCUCUCAUGAUAGCCACGACUUGAAAAUUUUUAGUUACAUUGCCCGUGAUGGAAGCAGUAACACGUUUAAGUGCAACGUCUUCAAAUCUAGUAAAAAGAGUCAAGCGAUGAGGGUGGUCAGAACGGUAGGACAAGCUUUCGAGGUGUGCCAUAAAUUAAGUUUAAACAACGCCACGGAAGAACGGGACCGGGGGGAGAAAGAGAGAGAGAGGGAGCACGGUGAGAAUCAUCGUGACGUUUACGAGGACCAAGACGAAAUUCCGAAUGAACAGUCGCAACCGUCGCCGUCUUCUGUGCAUAAAGAUAUAUCGCUAUUAGGGGACGUAGAAGAUUCGGUACCGGAACAGACGACCGUUCCUUGCCUUCUGAGGACGCACGAAAUCCCAGCGACCACAGCGUCUACCUCCCCUAUUAGACAAUCGCCAUCGGGCACGGUGACCUCCGAUUGCGGAGGAUUACUGGUUGGAGGCGAAUUAACCGCUCUAAAGCACGAGAUUCAACUGUUGCGAGAACGAUUAGAGCAACAGAGCCAACAGACCAGAGCCGCUGUUGCCCAUGCGCGACUGCUUCAGGAUCAGCUUGCGGCUGAAACAGCAGCUCGAGUCGAAGCUCAAGCCAGGACGCAUCAAUUGCUGAUGCAAAACAAAGAACUUCUAGAGCAUAUAGGUGCGUUAGUUGGCCAUCUUCGAGAGCAAGAAAGAAUCUCGAGUGGUCACGUAACCUCACAGCCUCAGUUGCCUGGCUCAGCGACGAUGCAACAAACUACCACCGUUCCUGAUCUGUCGAACCUCGGCCAGUGCCAACGAACAGGAGGACAAAGUUCACCAUGGGAACUGGAUCCACCAUCUCCAUACUACUCUUAUCCACCAGAUUCCUUAUACCCUGGAGGUUUGAAUACAAUAGGAAUACAAGGAAAUAGUUGUCCAGCAGAUCAGUUACAGUUUCAAACACAACUCCUAGAAAGGCUGCACAACAUAAGUCCAUAUCAACCUCAAAGGUCACCUUAUAACACGCCUUCUCCUUAUACAAUGGGUCCCAAUCUUGUUGUACCUCCUAACAAUAGGCCAGCUAGCUCAGCCCAGUUGUCUCCAAAUUCCAUGUCAUUAAGAGCUUCUCAACCAAACAGUUUCUGUUCAUCACCCAUAAUGACGCACAAAGUAGAUAAUUAUAUCGGAAGUUCGGAGACUACAGAGUUGAAGACAACAUUUAUUAAACCUUUACCCUGUACAGGCGAAAGGAACGUCAGUCACGUAGUUCAGGAGACAAAGAGCAAGCAGGAUCGAAUCAAUCUGCAUGACGAAAUUCCACCAAUUGUGUUGGAUCCUCCGCCUCAGGGUAAACGCUUAGAUACAACACCUAAGCAAUCGCCGACCAAAGAAAACUCCAACGGUCAAGCGUCGAAUAAACAAAGUUUACAGAACCAGAAAAACUUGGCUACCAUAUUAAGAACUCCUGGUCCACCGCCGUCUCGCACAACCAGUGCUCGUUUGCCUCCAAGAAAUGAUCUGAUGUCCGAAGUGCACAGGACUACCUGGGCGAGACAUACAACCAAGUGAUAAAACAUCUUUUCCAGAGUAGUUUCUGAAAAAUUUUACUGUCUACUAAACAUAUCAUCUCUUGGGUAGAACGCUUUUUAUAAAAAAUACUGUUUUCUUUUCUAUAUCUUGUAGUUGGCUUAGGUCACGAAUUAAUUUGGAGUUGAUUGUUUGGCCGCUAUAUAAACUGUCUAUAUUAUAAUGCAAUCAAAAUUAAUUAAUUGUUGUUAUAAUUAUUUUUGGUUUUAAAUAUAAACAAAACCAUCUACACACAAAAGUUCUGCCCAAGUAAGCUUAUUAUUAAAUGUAAGGACUAAGUGAAGCGUGUAAAUGCAUUGUUUUCCUUAUAAACGCUGUAGAGUGUUCAUAGGAGGUGGGAUUUUAAUUGUCGACAUAACAAACAGAAAUAAUAGUUCCAAAUGGUUGUUAACAGUCUUUUUUUGAAUGAUAAAAUCAGACAUUGAUAGCGGAAAGUAUAAAUUUAGUGUAUCCUUUAGAUUUGGCGAACUCGUGCCAAAAGAGUAGAGCUUUUAAUAAAGUGUAUUUACAACAAGCGAGCAAACAAUUUGUGAUCAGCGUGUGACAAAUAAGUGUAUAUAAAGUACAUCAUUCUUGUACAUACUUAUUACACAUCUAUAACUAAUUUUACAAGUCAAACUCUGUACUGUAAAAUAGAAAGAUGCAGAUUUAAUCUGGUGUUAAAUUCUUAUGAAUUUUAUCCAACAUAUUUCUUAGGGAAGAAAAUUCUUUUUGUAUUGUAUGUAUGGAAAAAUUAAUGAACGUAAAAAGAAAAAGACAAAUCUAUAUGUUGAAUUCAGAAGAGUAUAUAAAUAUGUAGCUCUGACAUGUUAAACUCGCAAUUAAAAUAAAUUAAGAUAAACAAUUGGUUUAUGAAAACGUUGAAGCCAUCAGAAAGUAUAUUUAAAAAUUGCAAUGGCCAGUAAAUAAAAUGCUCUGUGAAAAA